UUUUGCGUCCGCUGAGAGAUGAGUGCCACCGCCUUUGCGGCCGAGGUGUCCGAUGCGAUGGACUCCAUCAAAAAGUACUCGGAUGACUGGCAGAAGCGGCUGCUGGCGUUGCAGGAGAUUCAAAAGCAGUUCAAAUCCAUUGAAAACACCACGGUCACAGUCUCGGUCGACACGUGGCGUGUGCUGAAGCCGUUGAAGGACGUGAUCCAAGACUUGCGGUCUCAGAUUGUCAAGGAAGUAUGCGCCACGCUCGCGGUCAUGAGCAAGAUCACGCGCGACUCGAUGGCGCCAUUGGUCCGGGACCUUCUACCUGUCUUGGUGGAGGUCCGUGGCGGUGGCAACAAAGUGUGCGGUGCGUAUUGUGGUGAAUGCGUCGAAGUUCUCGUGUCGAACGUCGUGACCAAGGGACCGACGCUUCGGUACUUGGUGGACGGGGUCGUGGAAAGCAAGAACAAAGGCCUCCGAGCAUGUUGCAUCGGGGCGCUAACGCUGGUGCUGGUGCAUUGGAGUGCAGUGCUGGACAAGAGCGACGUCCAACAGAUCGAAGUCGGGCUCAAGAGCUCCCUCUACGAUGCCAGCUCGACGUGUCGGUCGGCGUCGCUAGCGUUUUUCCAGCGGUUCCAGCAAAAGUUCUCGAAACGAGCGGCGCUGCUGCUCACGACCGUCGACUUCAAGGUCCAGCGGCGACUGGAAUCGCUGCCGUUGGUCCCAGACUCGACCUCGCCACCCCCACCACUUCACUCGAAUAGCAAUUCAGUGGACGACGGCACGUUUGACGGGGAACGUCCCCAUGACUCGGCAGCGGCAGAUGACCGGCAGAUCUUCAUCGACGACGAUGAGAAUGCUCAAGCCAUCGCCGCCGCCGACGGUGACGUGGACGUCGGAGACCGCGUGUGCAUUUCCGAAAAGGAACUGUUUGGUCACGUCCGAUACAUUGGUGACGUGGCAGGAUUCAGUGGCCCGUGGGUAGGCAUUCAGCUCGACCAUGCAGACGGCAAGAAUGACGGCAGCAUCAAAGUACGCUCGACGAACAUGACGAUAUGCUGCUGUUGUUGUUGUUGAUGGCAUGACACUGUCGCACAUCUGUGUGUAUGUAGGGCCAGUACUACUUUCGAUGCAAACCCAAGCACGGAGUGUUUGUACGCCCAAGCCAGAUCUUUCUCACAAAGCGACACGUGUCGUUUGGUCAAGAGGAUGAAGGAAACGACGAGUAUGCGAUCCGCGAAGAAGGCGACGACGAGUCGGGAGAUGGGUGCGAAGAAGCCGAGGCGGAGGACGACACGCUGGUCGCCGGCCGCCGAGACGAAGGGGGCGACGACCCGCCGCUCAAGAAGCUGUUGGAUUCCAUGCUGGAUGCGCAGCGGGGCUUUCUGGACUUUAUGUUUCUCAACCUGAACGUGGAAAUGGACCAUCUGGAUGUGUUCCAGAAGAGCGCGGCGAUCGCGUCGUCGGCGGACGCGAUUGCGUACUGCGACCAAGUGCGCAACAUUUGCCAGGAAAAGGUGGACGCUGUGUCGGCGUUCAUGGAGAAGAUCGUGGAAGCGCAGCAAAAGGCCAUGGAGACGUAAGCAAGUGGUGGCCGACCAAGAUGCGAGAGAGAGGAACGAACGUACGCUCGUCUGUAGAUAGUAUGGACAUUGGACACGAUCCUAUUCAUAGUGAUAUGUGUUGGACCCAAAGUUUUAUCCUAUUGAGACGAGUAUGGUAUUGUAAACGUUCUACUACGAAGUAUGAUCUAUCCA